GGAGAAUGGAACAGAUAUGAAACAUGAUCAGUGAUCUAAUCAUUACUAUUCCAUUAGUCUGCUCGAAGUGAUCGUUGAAUGAAAAAUGACUACCAACAUACCAGUCGACAUUCGUGCCUUUCUAGAAACCUCUGUUGGAGAUGACCUUACUAAUUACCAGAUCGAAGUUCAUGAAGGCAACAAAAAAGGUGAAGGAUUCUUGGGUGAUUUCCUAUUCGUUUCACUGAUCAACAAAAAAACGAAUGAAGCGCUACAUCUUGGUAUCAAACAAGUUUUGGCAAGUGGAACAGGAGCUUCCUCAAAUUUCAUAAGUAGUAUUUUCCAAAAAGAGUUUACCUUUUACGAACAGGUGUGGCCAAAUUUGCAGAAAUUUCAAGGAAGUUUUCCCAAUGUGAAACAGUUUCUGAAAGUACCCAAGUACUAUGCUAUAGAAGCGAAGAAGGGAGCUGAGAAAAUAUCAUUUGAAAACCUGCGUUAUAAAGGAUUCCGCAACCAUGUGAAGACCGAAUUUUUCACGAAAGAACAACUAGAGUAUGUACUGAGGUGCUACGGGCAGUUCCAUGCUAUUUCCAUGGCCCUUCGUGAGAUCAAUCCAGAACAUUUCCAGGAAAUAGCCGACCGCUUGCUUGAGUGUCCCGAGGUCUUUGCUGAAAUGCCUUUUUUUCAACGAGCUCUCUGUCAGUGUUGUCGGAACGUUUUGUCUAGUUUCAAUGAGGAAACCGAGAAAGAAAUCAUAGAGAAGUUCAAGGUUUACGGCGAAAAAGCAUCAGGUAUUUUCAGUGAGGUCAAGAAUUAUAAAGGAAAAUAUCGUGUUUUUGUUCAUGGAGACUGUUGGAGCAACAACAUGAUGUUCAAGUAUGAUGAAAAGGAUGAAAUAGAAGAUCUAAGAUUCAUUGAUUUCCAAUUGACCCAAGUUGGCACAGUAGUGUAUGACAUUUCAUACUGUAUCUAUGCUAGCUGUUCUGAAGAAACCAUCGACGAUUUGGACUAUUACCUCAAAAUCUAUCAUCGAAGCCUCUCGGAGUCUUUGGAAGGAUACAAUUUGGACCCGAAAUCCAUAUAUUCUUACGAAGUUUUCAAAGACGAGUGGAAACAGUAUAGCAAAUUUGGAUUGCUUAUGGCAUUGUUAGUGAAUUCUGGGAAGCACUCAGAUUUGGAAUCAGUGCCUGUACUCACAGAACUCAUCGACAAUGAUGAGACUGGAAAAGAUGAAUAUAUCGUGCCUCAAUCGGAGGAAUUUCUCAAUAUUGGACGGAACUUGGUAUUACAUGCUUACAAAAACGAAUAUUUGUGAACUUAAAGAAUUUUGAGUGACUUGUGUAUUUAUUAUUCUAUAUUUGAUCAAUCACUAAACGUUUCAAAGAUGAAAGGUAUAACAUGAAUGAUGAAACAAAAUUAUCAUGAAUAUAUGUUUUCAUUUC